AUGCACUGGGGAGCUCUUAAGCGGUUACUCCUCGAGCGUGGCGGGUUUCCCGCGCUCCGACACAAUACACCAAUGCACACCAAGCUCGUCUGGAGCUUUAUUGCCCUCUCGGGGCCGACCCCGGAUGGCAACCCGGCGUACGAGGACAGCUAUACAGAGUUGGCAGCCGCAACGCCAGGCUCUCCGGCCAAAGGUUCUAAAAGUGCCUUCAGAAGCAGCUGCGAGGAAUUCGUCCAGUUCUUCGACAAUCGACGGCGUCAAGCCUUGACGAAUCUCCCCUCGACACCUGCACAACAGAGGGAGUUCAGGAGCCAUCGUUUUCAAAACACGAUAUUCCAGGAGGGCACCGAGCUGUCCCGGGCGUUGGAAAGCAGAGACACGGGGUUCCUGAGUGCUGACAAGCGCAGAUCAGUCGACAACUGUCGAAUGGCGUGUUUGAUCUACUUGAAUCUAAUCAUGGCUGAAUAUGGCGUCCUUUCACCAGCCACAGAAAAUUAUCUGCGAUCUCUGCAACGCAUCCUCGACCAAGACGACGACGAUAGCAGUUUGACCGCCGAACAUCUCCUGUGGACUUUGCUCGCUGCAUUCCCACCAGAGGAGCAUUACAAGCGGAUAUGGAAGAUGUGCCGUCUGGUAGCCGUGGUCAAGUGUGCAAGGGCACAUACCUGGGUCGCUGUUGAGAACGCGCUGAGGACAUUCCUGCGGGCUCCGGAGUCCGUGGCCGGACUCGAGGCAGUCACGUCAGGUUGGAACCGCGAGGACUUUUUGACAGAGGUUCAACGGCAAGAGGGAACUGAUGAAGUCGCGGCACUCUUCCAUACGCGACACGGCGCUGAUGUCCCAUGCUCUGAGGGCUGCCAGAUUUGUGCUCUCAAGCCUGCUACAUUCUGA